CAGCAUUACGGAUGGACAAGCCGUCAGAACCAGCACCUUCUCGUCAGCACGACGAAUGUUUUCAAAUGAUGUCCUCUACGACGGCACUCGCGGAGACGCAGCAGUGGGGGGAGGUAGAACGAGACCAAGUAGAAGUAUCCGUAGCAACAAUAAAGCCUCCAAGCGUCGAUCCAUUCUACCAGAUCCCGCUGCUCUACUCCGUUCAGAUUCUCACUCUUCUGUACAAAACGCUGCAGUUCGGGGACGCGAAGUGGACGGUUGUGGCUGAUUUGCAAGAGUUGUUCGAACGCAGGAAAGCGAAAAACACGAAUUUUGUUGAAGGAAAAACUACACCCGAAACUGCAAAUGACCUAGACAUCAGCUGCAAGGAGAAUAAGACGAGAAAAUUCGACCUGCGGAAAACGAGAAACGAGAGACUCAGCGAGGGCCCGGAGGUCAAUCUUCUGGGGUCGAACACGGCGAGAAAAGCGGAAAGGGUGUUUUCGUCCUGCGCGUAUUUUGCGGAGUUUCGGGACCUAGCGGGGAGGCUGGUGCGGGAGACUAGACUUUUGGAGGCGGUUGGGUCAUGGUCAUCAGGACUACUAGGGUAUGAAGACGUGUUUGGACAGGAAAAUAAACACGCCCUUUCGACGACGAGGACCCCUACGGACCAUCGCAACUGCACUCGGCUGAACGACAAUGCUGCGGCUGGAGUGGCGGAGGCUGUAGGUUUUUUCAACCUGGCCAUAGUGCCAGCGAAGGGAAGUUUAAGCUUUUCCUUCCUGUCACGCGUCAGUUCUAGUUGUGGGAAAAAUGAAGCAGCUUUAUCAUGUUCUAAAAUCAGCGAAGCAGGAGCGGAAGAUGAAACAGUUUCUGUUGUAGAACCUGACGAUUUUAAGCUCGGUGCAGCUGUGGACAAUAAACACAAGCGGCCCCUCUCGGUCGAGAAGCGAAACCUGGUAUUCCUCUGGGCCGAGCUGGCGAUUCAUCACCGGUAUGAAAUGGAAAAGUAUCGUACUAGUAAAACUAAAAGUAUAAAUUGCAUUACAAAUUUCCCUAGCAUGACAAAUUGAACUUGCAUCCUGUUUUAGCGUAGGAAGGCGAUUUUUGUCAUGCAUGACUGCAAUUACUUCUACGAGUGCGAUACUUUUGCACAGGAUAACCGGAAGGCCGCCGAGUGCGAGACGUGGCGGAAACUGGUGGAGGAGAAUGGGUUGCACGAAACGGAAACGGGCAGUGCUUUUGCGUCCUGGUCUUCGUGUCGCAGGAAAUCGGAAUCGGUCACCAGGAACCUGAUGCGGCGGCAGGUCGAGUUCUGCUAUUGGAAGUGGAUGAAGAGGGCUGAUUUCGGCGAAGAAGAAGAGACAAGUGCAAGCAAAGUACCGAAGGCGCAGAAUAUUAACCCCUUCUCCAAUUUCCUGCACCACCAGCACUUCGCCAUCCCCGAUGUCCUGCUCAACGCGAGGCCGCGAAAUUUACCAAGUGAAUCCCCGGCGGAAAGCAGGAAAGCCGGGACGGUGAACGUUCUAUCAAAUGCAAAAGUGUCUGGGUCUGGAACAAAGCAACUUGUCGUGGUAAAUCUGAAUCAUGUGGAAAUCUGUAUUGCAUGAUCGCCAGAAGCUGUCUACUUUUGACCUGAUCGAGAGGCAGUUUCUCAUGCAGGAUAGGCAUGAUAGAACUCUCACAGAAUCUUUCAUGCUAUGUCCUACAUACCAGACCGCGUGGGUCAUGGAAAACCUGCAUGACAGGUCUUGGCAUUCUUCCAGACUCAGACAUUUUCGCGGUUGAUACGUUCCCGAUUACUACGACGAAUUUGUGCAGUUGCGCAAGCGGCUGCAGCCCUUCUGCAGUGUCUGGGAGAAGGAAAAGCCACUGUGGACGAGUUGUGACAGCGACGGCCGGGUGGGAAGUAGUAGUACUUUUGCAAAAGGACGACGAGGCAAUAAAGAAGAAUUCUCUCACCCAAUUACCGAUAUUGGAACUUCGUCGCAACAAGUGGAACCGGAUGGAAGUGCACUUCCGGACUCGACCAGAGGUAAGCCACCAGUCGAGGGGCAGGAUCGCGACCAGGCAGUAGAGCACCCUGUAAGAAAAAAGCAAGACCGCGUGGUUCCUUCAGCGUCAAGAACAUCUGGAGGAGUACUUUUUCCCGAUUUGUCGGGAAUUCUAAGAGACGAGAAUGCAGCUCCUUCUAGACGCAAACCACUUGGCGCGAACGGAAGUUUUGACUCGGACGACAAAGAAGAUCUGGCACCACCCCCACGAGGAAGUGAAAAUUGUGUGGGCGCACGAAGAACGGAAGAGCAGACUGGAGUGUCUAAUGUGUGUCUCCGCAACCAAGAAAACGCCACACUGCACCAAUUGGGCGAAGAACGUCAGCAAGAUGUUGAAAACGGAGAGGAUCGCACGUCAGAAAUUUCGAACCGCACAGCGUCCACCACAGCCUGUCUGGAAGAAAGCUGGAAGUUGCUGCCGUCUUUCGAUGCGGACUUCUACUCUAAGAGGAAAAAUUGCAAGAGUAGAAGUCCAUCUUCUUCCUCCGCGGCACAAUCGACCGGCAACGACCCCGGUGUGCUGUUAAACGGAAUUGAGAAUCUCAUGUGGCAUAUCGUUUGGAAAGUUUCUCUCUAUUGUGACUUUUUGUCACCACGAUUCUACUGCUCGUUCGCCGGCACUGUGUAGGUACUUGCUUCUGAAAAGAGUUUUGUAUGCAGUGGAGCCACGUGGACGUGAUGCAUGGAGGUGUUUGUCUUUUCGUGUCAUGUUUUAUUAUUCUGACUCUUCUUGCAUGAUGACGAUGAGUUGCAGGAGAACCACAAAAAAAACGACCAGUGGCACUGGAGAUGGAAAACCUGAUCAGAGAAAUUUCUCAAUUUCAUAUCCGAAACUGCGUCGCGGCCUAUCGUGGUGGUUGACACGGCAAAACGGUACAGUGUCAGUUCUUUGCGGAAAAUGGAAAAACAAAUCAAACGCAGAAUCAUGGCAGAGAAGUAGAGACACUCAAAGUUGUAAACCUGCAUAUGGUCGUGAAAGAACAGCAAGCCGCGGAGGAUAAAUCUUGCAACGCAGAAAAGACAUAUUACUCAAAGUCGUUCAACAUGG